GCUUAAUAUUUACUUUAAACGCCAUGGAUAGUAUACAAGAACGAAGAGAAAUUUUAAAAAUCCUUGAUGUGUUAGAUAAUCGACUGAUUGCUAUGGAAAAUAUGCUGCAUGCAAUGGCAGAAUCUAAUGCGAGACUUCAUCAGCGCAUAGACCAAUUAGAGGAAGAAAACAGAAAAUUGAGGAAAAUUAUCGAGGAUAGCGGAUCAUCAUUUUGGAGGAAACUUUGGCGUGGUAUAGCGGAAGCAGGUGUAUCAUUGGUCAAGGGCCUAGGUAGAAAACUUAUUAACUUUUUCGAAGGACGUCUAAGACCUAAAAAUUUCUAUGACUCAAGACCAGACUGA